GUGCGCAGCUCAGAGAGAGAAAUGAACGCGUUCAAAGCUUCGGCAGCGAAUGCUGGGCCGAAACGCAGCGCCACGCUGGGCAACUUCCCGACGACCGAGAGCGGACCUGAUUUGUCGAAUGGCAAUUCGGUCGAAACGGCACAGAGAGCCAGAGAUGCUAUCAACCUCGGAAGGAGCAAAAGUCAGAAACUUAGAAGACCUCCGCCUGGCGUGAUGCUCACUGCGGCAGACUUGGAUGCCAGCGACGACGAGUACGAACCUGGUUGGGCUUCCGUCAUCUCUUCUUCGCGCAAUUGAGGGAUGAAGCGUCCUUCAUCAUGCCCUCACAUUACCCACCUGUUCGAACGCGUCACCUAUGGCCUGUCCUUCGCGUUUCAAUCGCGGCACGUCUACGAUUCACAUCCGCGGCUGAUUCUUUCAAAGAGCCUCAGGUCCGCUACAUCAAAGGGAAGCGGCUCGACAGUCACCCAUUCACACACACGCUCUCUCUUUCUCUGUUUAUCUCCCCACCUUUCCUUUCCCAUGCCAAAUAUCGGAUCUUCCCAGCUCGGAGCCAAUUGGCGACUGGCAUAGAUCGCGCAGCAUCGCAGCAUUGCUCCACGCUCCCUUCACCCUCAUUCGUGAAAUCUGUGCGGUUCCCACGCAUGUUCCCAUUCCCCUUGGCAAGCCACCUCUGGUCGCUGCACCUCUGCGCUCUCGCCGCCAUCGAAAGAACCUUCUUUUGUCCCUCCUUUUGCUCCAACUGCAAUCGGAUCUUGCCGCACUUCAACCCCGCGUUCGUGGCCCAGCGAGACGACGUCAUGUUGAGUGGAAGAGACGAACCAAAGUGACUGGGACCGGCUGCGCACGCGCUGCUCUCAGACUUUGCCUUCGGCAUUUGUCAAGUAUGAAGCGCUAAAGGAUAUCGAGAUUCCAAGCACACCAGAGGUAUUCGCGCUGAGCGUC